UGCUGUAUGUUUGGUUGCAUACAUUUAGGUUUACAAUGCGCAUGCACAUAGUAAAUGUGCACAAGUUGUCAACGGUUACAGUUUGCAGUUCAACUCGUAGUUCGUUUGUUGUGUGAUGUGAAAAUUCAUCAUCCCGUCUAACAAUAAUCAUCUACACCCAAACACAUGCCGUUGAAGCCGACUGCAAUAUGACUGUAACCUCACUAAACAUUUAAGAAUAUUCGCUGAGUGUGCGUUGAGUUUCUCCUGUGCUGUGCAGAACCAACUUGUUCUUCAAAAUUUUCGAAAGCAGUAAGAUCUUUGUUUAGUUCUUUUAUUAAUUCGACCAACUCGUAGUUCAGAUGACAACAAGUGCACAGCAUCAUGGAUUCGUAUUUACAAUUUAUUGAAUCGCUUGGCAACAUGAAAGUGCAGCUAUUGCCCUCGGGCACAUGCAAUGGCCGCAUGCAACCAUCAGUUGAUAAUGACGCCUUAGAUGAUGAUGAAGUUGCGCCCAUGGGAACAUCUUAUUGCAAAGAAUAUCAGUUUGCUGAGUUUGCUAAAUAUGAAGAUGCAAUGUAUACUCAACCUAAGAUUUGUCCUAUGUCAAUGGUAAGUGGCAUAACUGAUUUACCACAAUACGGAGACGCAAACCUCGAUUCUGAUUCAAGAGUGGAGACUUCAAAUAGAAUCUACAAAGAUUAUGUCUUCAUUGCACCUACAAGGCCUCCAUUACCAAUUGAUUCAAAAAGACUUGAAAUUUUACGUAUGUUGCAAGUUACCAACGUGGUAAUUAUACACGGUGCCACCGGUUGUGGCAAAACAACCCAAGUACCUCAAUUUAUCCUGGACGAGUACAGAGAGCGCCAGGAAUAUUGCAACAUUGUGGUGACACAGCCGCGCAAACUAGCGGCGAUUAGUGUUGCGAAACAUGUGAGCGAAGACCGCGGAUGGGAAAUGGGUACCAUUAUUGGUUACCAGGUUGGUCUGGAUCGUCAAACAGGCCCGGACACGAUCCUAACUUACAUGACCGCUGGUGUUCUCCUACAGAAAAUCAUCUUGCGCAAAGAUUUGAACGAGUUCACGCAUAUAAUCAUCGAUGAAGUGCACGAACGCACCCAGGAGAUGGAUUUUUUGCUUAUCAUCCUCCGUCGGUUUCUGAAUACAAAUUCAUUGAAUGUUAAAAUUAUUCUUAUGUCUGCAACAUUUGACACUGAGAAAUUCGCCAAUUAUUUCAAAAAUGUUACCGCGGGUAUUGACAUUCCAGCUCCGAGCAUCGACGUCAACAAACCAAUGAUGUUUGAUAAAAGUAUUCAUUACAUUGAGGAGUUGACCUAUUUGGGUGACAUUGAACAGGAUUAUGAUUUUUCCGAAGUGAGCAUCCCUGCGAAUAUUUUUCAUGUUUUUGUGCAACUUGUGCUUGCAUUGAAGCAUGUUGAUACUGAUGAGGAUACUAUAGGGCAUGUAUUGGUCUUUUUGCCUGGUAUACAUGAAAUUGAAGUUGCCUAUAAUCUACUAAUGGCUGAAAGUUCGAAUGGCAAGGCUAAUUUUAUGAUAGUGCCAUUGCAUUCCUCAAUUCCUGGACAUGAACAAAGACGUGUUUUCGCCAAACCGGGACCUGGAGUGCGCAAAAUCAUUCUCUCGACCAAUAUUGCAGAGAGUUCGAUUACCGUGCCUGAUAUUGUCUAUGUAAUUGAUUUCUGCAUGACAAAAACGCUGGUUGUUCAUACAAUGACGCAAUACCACACGCUACAAUUAAGCUGGGCGAGUAAAACCAACUGUAUCCAGCGUGCUGGUCGUGUUGGUCGUGUGUGUUCCGGUCGUGUCUAUCGUCUGGUAACUCGCGAUUUCUAUGAAAACAUGAUGUCUGCUGACAUUCCGCCUGAAAUGCUCCGCGCGCCACUCGAACGCGUGGUCCUGUUCAGCAAAAAGCUGGAAAUUGAUGAAUUACCGCAGUCUAUUCUUGCUCUGGCGUUAGAUCCGCCAGAUUUGAGUAAUAUUGUUGCAACGAUUAAAAACCUAAAGGAGGCAGGCGCAUUGUUACCCACUUGUCGUGGGACGGUCGUUGAAACCGAUGGGGAUAUUACAAUGCUCGGCACGCUGAUGUGGAGUCUCCCACUGGAUGUAAAACUAUCAAAAUUGAUUUGCUUGGGGUACAUGUUCAGUUGUUUGGAGGAAAGUAUAAUCAUGGCGGCUGGUUGUUCACUUCCGAAUAUUUUCGCGACGCCAUUUAAAGAUCGUCUCAGUGCUUAUGUUAAUAAAUUACUCUGGGCUGAUGCUUCCUGUAGUGAUUUAAUUGCGUAUCUUAAAUUAUAUCAGACUUAUCAAAAUAACAAAGCAAAUGGUUCAUUAAGAAACAUCCAGGAUGAGAAAAAAUGGUGCGCGUUAAAUUACUUAUCAUAUCGCUCAAUGAGAGAUUGGGAAGAGUUAGUAAAAGAGCUCAAAGCCCGUCUGGAAAGCAUGAAUAUACGCCCACCUAUCGGUCCACAACAUAUCGUGAUUAAAGACUCGGAAAAAGUUCUCCUGAUGAAAACAAUCAUCGCCGGUGCGUUUUAUCCCAACUAUUUCUCGCGAUCUUGUGAUGCUGGGCAGGUAGAUGAGAAAGAAGUGUGCAAAACAAUUCAUAGCUUGGAUCGGAACUCAACUGUGUAUUUUACCAACAUGGCGCUCAAUCAACCUGGACCACUUUAUGAACAGCGCAUUAAAGACAUCAUGAAACCUAUUUCUGACGAUGUUGAUGUUUAUUUUGACCAGAGAAGCAAAGUGUUUGUUACGUUCAAAGAUAAACGUAAACCGGCGUCGAUGAAUGUUGACGGACGGAGAAUUGUUGCUAUGGUGCCGGGGAAAAUCCAUAUGGAUGUUUAUAAAGCCGUUAGGAUGCGGCAAUUGAGGUUUAAUACUUCUUUUCCGAUUAUGCAGUCGAAAGAUGCAUGGGACUUGGCUAUCAAACUAAAUCUCGCAACAAAUACGAAUGGUUGUCUGAAUUUAAUAGAACAACCAGUGAAAAAGCAGGAAAGUCGCGUGGUGCCAGGAUUAACCAAGAAGAAGAUUGUUAUUCGCGUAACACAUUGCAUUGAUGCUGGCCAUUUCUAUGCCCAAUCAUCGAAUCAAACCUGCCAGGACAAUUUAGACAUGAUUCUCCAGUGUUUAAAUAUCGAACCGUUGGAUUUGGUAGAUAAAGAUCUCAUUGAAGUAGGUGGUUUAUAUGCGGCAAAGUACGAUGGCUUGUUUUAUCGCUGUAGCGUGUUGAAUAUAAUUCCGUUUGCAACAAACGAAACCAGGAUUAAUAUUAUGUUUGUUGAUUAUGGCAACACGGAGCGUAUUGCCCCCAACGAACUAUUCCACCUCCCUGAAGGUCCUGCUAAAACCCUCGCACCACAAGCGAUGGAAUGCGUUCUGUGCGGUGUGCAACCUGUCGUGACUUUCAACCGAUAUGGCACUUGGUCUGACAAAGCCAAUUCUUUCUUUCGUUCUCAAACAACAGACGUCGAUCUACGAGCUAUUGUUUAUUCCGCUGUGAAAGACAUUGUCUCGAUGGAAGUAUUCUCUCCUAGCGAGCCAAAAACCAUCAAUCAAAUGUUGAUUGAGCUCGAAUAUGGCGAGAAAUAUGAGGAACCGUUCCUCUCGCGGGAAAAUCACGAACUACGUGAAAACAUCCGCAAAAAUUUGAGUGAUUUAAACGUCGACGAUGAAUGCUCUUUGAUGAGCGCGUUACCAGUCUCUGCUGCGGUUCAUGUGCCAGCGCCAGCUGCAAAGAGCUGCUGGAAUACCGUUGAGCUGAGAGGACCCUUCUCUCCAUUGGAGAUGAAAGUGUAUUCGAUGAAUAUCACGAAAGGCGAUGUGCGAAUCGAUGGUAAUUCGAUUAAUGGCGUGCUGUUAGAUCACGCACCACAGGACCCACAUGAAAGAUUGUUAGUCGCUACGAAUAUUUCAAAGAGUCAACGUAGUGAAACGCUAAGUUUGCGUCUCACUACAAUGAUGACGAAUAUUCGCGGAUUACCAGCGAUUAUUCCGUUGAUUUUCGCGCCGAAAGUUGUAAUAAAAGCAUCUUAUUACGGCACUUCCUAUGCGUCGGUCCUGUGCGGACUUGGAGUCAAUGAAAGAAAUAAACCUGUGUACCCAGAACACGAUUUAAAUGUGGUUUUUGAUGUGGAAUUUACUGACGAAGAUCUUGUUAUGAUUAACGAAAUACGAUUCAUUAUGAAUCGCCUGAUUGACACCAUGCAAAGUGCUAUGACAAAGAAGAAUUUCGAACCGCAUCAACAUCAUAGGCAACUAAAAGAUCGUCUAAUGCAGUUGUUGAUGAAGACACGCGAGAGCAAAGAGCGUGAAUUCGUGAAAUAUGCGGAGAGCUGGACGAAGAACGAGUUUAACGGCAUUAAAAUCGCACCGGAUGCCGGAUAUCGCAAGUCGUGGGAUAUUUGGCCGCUGCAUGAUGCAGUUGAGUUGAUUGACAAGAACGAUAGGAAUGUCAUGACACAGCAACACAUUGAUGAGCUCUCUUCGUACACACGAAGGUAUAAAGAUAUGCCGGAUUUUGUCUACUGCAAAUUUUGUCAAGUUGAUAUUGUGACACUGGUUGGCUUACGUGGCCACGUGAUUACGCCGGAACACAAGCAAAACAUCGAACGUUUUCGUAACCAAAGCGCACAAACAAGUGAGUACUAAAUAUUUUGUAUUAUUUUUACUAACGACAAUAUCAAUUGAUAUUGAAUUUGAUCUUAUUUAAUGAUUUAAGUGUUAACAAGUCGGAGUAAGUUAGUUCUCAGUUGUCAUUUAUAUUUUUCUAAUAAAAUGUUACAUGAAUAAUGCGCGUUUGAAUGUGCGCAUGCGCAACAAACAUGGCUUCUCUUGCGUAUUGCUUAUGCGCAGUGCAUACGAAAUUAACUUAAACAAUAAUAUAAUAUAUGCGAAAGGUCAAACGUAUUAAUAGCAAUUCAUUGCUUAAGUGGAUUGCUAUCGUUUGUGUAAAUAUCGUUUCCAUACGCGCUGCUCAUCGCACGAGUGAUCUCGAACUGUUGCGUGUAGCAAUCGAGCGCGUCCAGUACCAGUUCCCUCGGGACGCUGUUUUUGACGUUCUUGCAGCCUUCCAUUAUGAAUGCCACUUCGUUGCUGCUGAAGUAAUCCGCGAGGAAUGCGAUGAUUUUUUCAGGAACAAGUACGGAUUUUGCAGGGUCGAUGAAACCCUGCAUGCUGUAUGUGCACGCUAAAUAAUCGCCGUAUUUACCUCGUCUUGGGAUUGCCUGUGCGUCGAUUAUUUCCCCGACGAGUUUACGAUCGAUUCCGACUGUCUUCGCACAGUGGACAGCGAUUUUUCUACGGUCUUCUAUUGAUAAUGACUUUGCUGUUAUUGAUGAAAACAGAAGAGAAGCGAUGAGAAUUGCAGCGAAAUAGAGCGUGUGUUUUGUCAACAUUUUGAAUACAACUUGUUGCACUGCUUUUGAUGGACUGUUUGAACAGCAGAGCAUUUUUUGCGGUCAAGCGGUGAUCAGCUUUGUAAAUCGGAAGCGGUCGGUUUCACUCGGGAUUUAUUCUUUUUUUACUUUGUUGGGAAUUUCCGGGGAUUACUCAACAACGCGGAUUGCAAAAAGUGGCGUGUAUAUUAAUUACAUGCGGGUUUUAAUGCAUUUGAUAAGUGUAUCUGUGAAACUAUUAUUUUCCAGACAGCAAAAAUUAAAUCAGAAUAGAAUGCGGUCACAAGUUCAAGGUUUUUUUAUUACUAAUUAUACAUAAUCGUUGAAAGUGAAAUAAUUUACUGCGUAGUUAAUCUUUUCCUUGAUUCUUUGCCGUCGUUCGCAUCACAUCGACUUCUUUAAGUUUUCGCAAUAAACAUUCAAGAGUAUUGCCUACUAAUUGUCUUACGUCGGUGUUUUUCACCUCUUUGCACUCUUUCAUGACGAAUGUAAGCUCAUCCAUUGUGUAGAAAUCUGAGAGGAAUGUUACGAUAUUAUCGUGUAAAAUAACCGGUCCAUUUUUGUCCAGGAAGCCUUGUAGUUUAUA